AUUCACAACAACAGAUACGGAGAAACCCUCUCGACCUUCUCGCUCGAAAAUUUUCCCGAGAAAAUCUCCGAGAAAGUUCGUAUGAUCAGUCGGAGCGGAGACAAGAGAGAGCUUCAUUCCAAGGAAUGGUUGCUUGAUCAAUGGUGAUUUUGGGUAAAAGCGGAGAGAGAGAAGCAGAUAAGUUAAUGGCGAUGGGAUCGGAGAGAUCGAAGCCUCUGCACAAUUUCACGAUGCCGUGUUUGAAGUGGGGGAGUCAGAGGUAUCUCAGGUGCAUGAAGAUGAAUCCAAAUGGCGAAGUCUGUUCUGCCGAUCGGAGGUCUUCAGCUUCCGAAGUAGAUAAGCGUUUGAUCGGGAGGCGGAUCGGACGGACUGAUCGGAAGGAGAGUUUCCAGAAGUCUCCGUCGCCGGCGGAGACGGAGGUUGGGGUUUUUGGCCGGAAAUCGAAGGCUGCGAGCGACGGAGACGAUGGAAUCGAGGCGGUUAGGGAGAAACUGAUGUUCGAUCUCCAGACGGCGGCGGACAAGAUGAAAGUCGCGAUUUUAAGGGAAGGUUUGGAGGACGUACGGCCGCCGACCGCCGCCGCAGCACCGGCGGAGGCCGACGGUGCGAGACCGUGGAAUUUGAGGACGAGACGAGCUGCGUGUAAGGCUCCGACUGGAAUCAACGGAGCUAUCGGCGGCGGUGGCGGUGGCGGUGGGAAUGUUAGUGGUGGCGGUGGCCGUGGCGGUGCGAAGAGUUCGAAGGUUGACGAGCGAAAACCUAAUUUCUCGCCCUUGAGGACCGAAAACAAAUCUCCAGGAUUGGUCGGCGAUGUCACCGUGCCGGCGGGGGAAAAUCUCGCCGGCGAGAUGAGAGAUAGGGCUAAAUUCUCAGUUUCGCUUUGUCGGCGAGAGAUUGGGGAUGAUUUUAUGGUGAUUGCCGGACAUAGACCGCCUCGGAGACCCAAGAAGCGGCCAAAGAUUGUGCAAGAACAGCUUGAUUGUCUUUUUCCGGGCUUGUGGUUGACAGAAAUCACCGCGGAUAUAUACAAAGUUCCUGAAGUUCCUGAAACUGGAAAACAAUAGAAAUUGAUGGAAUUGAUGCUGUUUCUGGAGGCUUGAAGGUUUAUCUGCUUGCUGACCACACUGGUGCAUUGUUGACCUCUUAUUAGUGGUAUACCGCACCAUCUUUGUCGAUUGGGAAUUCGAUGGAAGUGUUGAAUUCCUGGGUAUGAUGUGGUGCAAGCUUUAGUUGACUUAUAAAGCUAAUCUUGUUAAUUAUAAUUAUUUUUAGUCAUGUUUUUUUUUUUUUUUAAUUGGAAUAAAAUUGUACAGAGAAAAAAUGGCAGGAUGUUGCUAGAAGUAAAUGCUUUAAUAUAUUGAACUUGUUUUUAUGAGUAAGCUAUGGCAUUCUGGUCAUGUGUUAUCUUGUUGAUAAACUCCUGAUAUUUGGCUAAAUGCUCAUUUUCAAGCUUUAGGAAGCA